AUGUCGGCGAUUUCUUUCACUCUCCAGUAAACUUCACCAAGUCUCUUCUGCUGAAAUCACGAUCCAAUGAAGAAGAUCCAAGUUAUAUAGUGAGACCUCAAACCUUAGCUUGAGCUCUGCUUCUUCUCUCUUUCACUGCAUUGAAGAUGGGAUCUGUAUCUUUAAAGAUCGGCGAUGGAACAGCCAGAUUCCGACGAACAUCAAUUUGUUCAUCCGCCGUGAACCUCCUCAUGCUCUUCUCCGUCGUCACCACAAAUCUCUUCGCCUUAUACGCGUUCUCCUCUCAUUCCCAAGCAAACUCGCCACUUCUCCACAGCUCCAACAAUAUCUCACUCGUUUCUCAACAUCUCUCUUUGAUUCUCCGAGAAAUCGAUUCGUCUCAACGCAAGCUUGCUCAGAUGGAGAAACAGAUGCUUGGUUACGAAUCUAUUGAUAUCUCUCGACCUAACAUUGUUCCUGAGCUCAAAUUGUUCCUCCAGCGUCAUCAGCUUCCUUUAGGGAAAGAUUCGCGUACCGGGAUCACUGAAAUGGUGUCUUCCGUUGGACAUUCUUGUGGGAAAUCUACGGAUUUGCUUUCUCAGUAUAUGUCAUAUAAGGUGUUUGAUAGAUGUCCUGAUGAUUGGAGUCUUGGCCAGAAGUUGAUUCUUCGUGCUUGUGAGCCGUUGCCGCGGAGACGGUGUUUGGCGAAAACGGUGCAGAAGCAAGAUUUGAGUAAGUCUCCUGAUUCGUUAUGGAGAUCUGUUAGUAACAAGAGUGUUAAUUGGAGUGGACUUGGUUGCAAGAGUUUUGAUUGCUUGAAAGGUAAGAAACUUAGCAAGGAAUGUGUUGGUUGUUUCGAUUUAGGGGUUGAGAAAGAUAGGUUUGUGAAGGUUAAGGGGAAGAAUGAUUUCUUGAUUGAUGAUGUGUUGGGUUUAGGAAGUGGGAAAAUUCGAAUCGGGUUCGAUAUUAGCGGUGGAUCAGGGACUUUCGCAGCGAGAAUGGCUGAGAAGAACGUGACUGUAAUCACUAACACUUUGAAUAAUGGUGCUCCGUUUAGUGAGUUUAUAGCUGCGAGAGGGCUCUUUCCGUUGUUCUUGAGCUUAGACCAUAGAUUUCCUUUUCUUGACAAUGUGUUUGAUCUUAUUCAUGCUUCUAGCGGAUUAGAUGUUGAGGGUAAAGCGGAGAAGCUAGAGUUCUUGAUGUUCGAUCUUGAUCGGGUUUUGAAACCCCGUGGAUUGUUCUGGUUGGAUAACUUCUAUUGUGCUAAUGAUGAGAAGAAGAAAGAACUUACACGUAUGAUUGAGAGGUUUGGGUAUAAGAAGCUUAAAUGGGUUAUUGGAGAGAAGGCUGAUGCACAAGUUUAUCUCUCAGCUGUUCUGCAAAAGCCAGUGAGAGCUUGAUCGGGAAUGCAAAAGGAAGUUCGUAAUGGUAAGACCGACCAUAAGAGUAAAACUCUCUAUUUAUAGUUACAUUUGAUCAUAGGUUAUAAAUUUGGAGGUCAUUAGGUGAUAUUUAUUCCAGAGAAGAAGAAUAAGCAAUUAUAUAUUUACCAGGGCAAUUGGAGAAAAUCAUUUGUAAAAGUUUUUCAGUAUAAUGUGUUGAAAUUUUGUCGAUUAUUAUUACUACUUUUCUGUUAUAAUAUCCAUAUAUACCAUACAAAUAAAAAUGAGUACCAUUAAUUGUGUUUUUGUUAUACCUGAAAUAAAUUCUCCUCAUGCAACCAAAGCCAGAUGCAAGAAAUGCCGAAAAUAGACAACAAAAUCAGAGUACAAAGUUAUUUUUUAU